AUGGAACGCGGCCCGCGUAACGAAAAGAGACGUCGCGAUGUAAAACCCAAUGUCUUCCAUACCAAGCGACCUAAAAAGGUGGAAGAGGAGCUGGAAUCCCCCAAAAGGAGUAAUCCAAUAGAAAUCCAAAAGUUGCCCCAAGAGGCCGAGGGGCCGCUGGAGGAUAUAUGCCGCAAUGCGCUCCUUGUGGUGGGCACCUACCACUCCGUGAUGGCGGGAUUAGUUCUCAGAAAAGGCGCCUUCUACAUUACUUUCUCCGUAAAACACCAUGUGGGCUGCAUGAACGGCGUCGCGGUGGGAUACAAGUACGUCGCCAGCUGCGGUGUCGAUGAGCGGGUCUUUCUUUUUACCAAUAAACUUCACGCCCGGGAAAGACCCAAAGGGGUUAACCCCCACGGGACGUCUUCGGGGAAUGCCCUGGCGGUGCGGCUGGCGGAGCUCGGCAGCUUGGGCCCUCCCGCGGAGGUGCGGUGCGUGGCCUUCACGGACAACUCCCACCACCUCCUCUGUGGCUGCGCGGAUGGACAACUGCGGGUCUUUCGCACGCGGGACUGGGGCCUGAGCCUGGGUCUGCCUGUUCACGGGAAGGCCAUCGUCCAGCUCGCCCUGCACCCCAAAAGCAACGGCUCCCUUUGUAUUACCAUCGGCGAGGACCGCAGCGUCGCGGUUCUCGACCUCGCCAAGCAUCGCCUGAUGACAAAGUGGAAGUACACCAGCGCCAGGACAAGAGGAAAUCCGAACCGCGAAACAAACGACAAGGACGUUGACGGGAUCAACCAGCGGCGGCGGCGGACGGCGUGGGAUGGGCGCCAGCAGGAGGAGCCUCUGUCGGUAUCUUUUUCUCCAAUGGGGGUGUAUUGGGCCGUGCAAAGUCGCUUUUCCGUCGUCGUCUACCGCACCGCCACAAUGAAGAUGGCGUAUGUUUUGCGGCUGGUGCAACCGCAGCCGGAGGAAGAGCUUCAUAACCUUGUUUUCGUCUCGGAUGAUGCGUUUUUGGUCGGUAAUGAGGCGGGGCAGCUGCUCUACGCAACGCUCACGCCCCCAUCUUCUGUUGCGGAAACUUCAUCCCAAGAGCAGAGCGCUGCGGAUGUGGUGCUGCGACCGGUGGAGCUCCGAUAUCGGGAUGAGCAGCAGACGUCUGAGGCGGCCGCAGUGACAAAGGAAGAAAACACUCUCCAGAAGCACCCGUUACGCCACACAGUGCGUAUCAAGGCGCUCGCACGUGUACGCCGUACCCUAUUCUCUAUCGACUCGGCAGGAGUGGUGAUCAACUGGACGCUAGAUGUUAUACGAAAUAUUGCCAAUGAAAGUGUUGUGGCUCUCACAUACAUAACGAGUGCAAACUGUCAGGGCCGUGUAACCACAAUGGGUGUCCUAGCACUUGGAUAA